AUGCGCCAUAUGCUGACCGAGCUUACAGAAACUCUGCGGGCGAACAUAAAAACGCAACUGCAGGCCCUGGCAUCAGAGCUCCGCAAGGAUAUCACAGACAUAGGCCAACGCACAUCCCAAAUGGAGCACAACAACAGCUUGGCGGAUAAGGUCCAAGAGUUUGAAACUAUCCUCAGCUCCUACAGGCUCAAACUAGAAGAUUUUGAGGAGGUCCAGGAGGAAUAAUAUCCGUAUCCGUGGCAUACCGGAGACGGUUACUCCCAAAGACCUUAACAACUACCUGAUGGACAUGUUCCAGGCUCUCACCCCCGCACUCUAUCCAGACCAACUCAUAGUGAACCGGGCACACAGGCUCCGUUGCUCACAACACUUACCGCCAACAACCAAGAGGGACAUCAUCCCCAGAGUACAUUUCUUCCAUGCUAAAGAGCAGUUGGUGAAAGCCUCCAGAUCCUCGGGCAUGCCAGACCCCCACGGCCAGAAUAAGAUAUUUGCGGACUUGUAUGCGGCAACGCUACAAUUUCAGAAAAAUUUGGCACCUGUUACGUCCACACUGCGGGAUCAAAACAUAGUCUACAGAUGGGGAUAUGCGGCCAAACUUCUGGUCCACUACAGAGAAGCACUACACGCCAUCCCAUCCCUGGAGCUGGGCAUCGCCAAGCUGAAAUCCUGGGGCCUCCCGAUACCAGCGGCGCAACAACACCACCCUACUAAAAUUCCAAGAAUGUCCCCAGAGUGGAAAACUAAAAAGACUGCCUACUUCCACGACAAUGGAAGCCCGCUAGUUUCCUUUAUUGCACUGUACAGAACUAUCUGUUAA